AUGCAACGAUCGAGGAACGAUGGUAAACAUCUAGCAAUGACGCUUUGGGCCACGCAAAACUUCUCAGCUCCCCCAUAUCUCUAUGCUAAUGGAACUCCUCCACCUAUCGACCUGGGCCAUCUCAAUCCUCGCGAAAUCUGCGAUCGCAUCGUUGAGGUGCAUAUGGCUAUGGCCUCAGGUGCCGUUGGUCGCUUCCCCGUCCCCUCUGUCAAAUUCGAAGCCGGCGCGGCACCCAAAAGGAUAGCAAAUGACAUCGCGAAGGAAGUUGCACAGAAGAAAACCAAGGAAAUGAAAGCCGAAGCACGCAAGCGCAAGCGUGGUGGUGGAAGGACUGACGAGUAUGUCACAUAUUCGUGUACUGUGACUCGACUUGCGACUGGCAGAGAAGCAGCAACGAUCUCGCUACAUUAG